CAGAGAGAGAGAGAGAGAGAGAGAGAGAGGUGAACACGAAAGCAACGGCGAAGAGGGAGCGGAAAAAAAAGAAAAAGGCGAGAGAGAGAGAGAGAGAGAGAUGGUUUUGGUAUGGUUUUUAUUUGUUGUUGGUGGUGAAUUGGGGGGGUCGAAAACGUGAGGAAGAGGAGAGAUGAUGAUGACGGCGGUGAAGUCAAAUCGUGCAGCGAGGAGGUGAAGAGGAGGAAGAGAAGGGGACGCAGGAUUGGGAAUCGGAUGGUAUUGGUCAUCGGCGGUGGGAGUUGGCGAUGGGCGGCCGGGGGACGGUGGGCGGUGGUUGGUAGCGGAGGAGGAGGACGAGGAAGAGGCGAAAGGUGGGAGGCGGGGGGAUGAGGAGGGGGAAAGGUAAGAACGGCCUGCUUCCGAGCUCGUUGCGGAUCAUAUCGUCGUGCCUCAAGACCGUGUCGUCAAACGCGGGGUCCGUCGCGAGUACCGUCCGAUCCGCCGGGGCGUCCGUCGCCGCGUCGAUCGCGGUGCCGGCAGAGGAUGAAAAGGACCAGGUUUUAUGGGCUGGCUUUGAUAAGCUAGAGCUUAGUCCAUCUUUCUUUAAGCAUGUUCUGCUUCUUGGGUAUUCAAAUGGAUUUCAAGUGCUCGAUGUUGAUGAUGCCUCUAAUGUCUGUGAACUGGUUUCCAAGCGUGAUGGCCCAGCUACUUUUUUACAAAUGCAGCCCACGCCCAUUAAUUCUGAAGCCACCGAAGGAUUCAGAGCAUCACAUCCUUUGCUGUUGGUUGUUGCUAGUGAUGAGACUAAUGGCUCAGGUGCGGUCCAAGGUGGCCGUUUGAGUGCAUUGAUCAGAGAGAGCAGUAGUGAGCCUCAGGCAGGAAACUGCAUAUCAUCUACAGUUGUUCGGUUCUACUCGCUCAAGGUUCACAGUUAUGUUCAUGUUCUGAGAUUCCGCUCUGCUGUACAUAUUGUUCAUUGCAGCCCCCGAAUAGUUGCUGUGGCACUUGCAGCCCAAAUAUACUGUUUUGAUGCAGUUACUCUUGAGAACAAGUUCAGCGUUCUGACCUAUCCAUUACAAGGUUCAGCCGGUGUUAACAUCGGUUGUGGUCCGAUGGCUGUUGGUCCUAGAUGGUUAGCUUAUGCUUCCAAUAAUCCUCUCAUAUUAAAUACAGGUCGCCUUAGUCCACAAAAUCUUACUCCCUCUCCAGGCGUAAGCCCAUCAACUUCUCCCAGCAGUGGAAACUUAGUUGCCCGUUAUGCGAUGGAAUCUAGCAAAACAUUGGCUGCUGGAAUAAUUAAUCUUGGAGAUAUGGGUUAUAAAACUUUAUCAAAAUAUUGUCAUGAGCUACUUCCUGAUGGUUCUAGUUCUCCUUUGUCAUCAAAUUCGAUCCGAAAAUCUGGAAGACUUCCACCAACAGCACACCCCAGUGAACCUGAUAAUGCGGGAAUGGUUGUUAUAAAAGAUUUCAUUUCAAAGGAAGUCAUUUCACAAUUUAGGGCUCAUACCAGUCCAAUAUCUGCUCUCUGUUUCGAUCCAAGUGGUACUCUUUUGGUUACAGCUUCAGUACACGGGCACAACAUAAAUAUUUUUCGGAUUAUGCCAACCCGUAUACAAAAUGGUUCUAGCCCAGCAAGCUAUGAUUGGACAUCAUCACACGUUCAUCUUUACAAGCUAUAUCGUGGACUAACAGCUGCUGUCAUACAGGAUAUCUCCUUUAGUCAUUAUAGUCAGUGGAUUUCAAUUGUUUCAUCUAGGGGUACCUGUCACAUAUAUGUUAUAUCACCUUUUGGUGGUGAUGCUAGUCUUCAACCGCAAAAUGUUCCCGGUGAAAGAUCAAUUCUUAUUCCUAAUCUCACAGUGCCAUGGUGGUCCACUUCAUGUUGCAUGAUCCAUCAACAGUUACAUCCACCACCACCUCCACCUUCGGUUACAUAUUCUGUGGUCAGUAGGAUAAAAAAUGUUAAUGCUGGUUGGCUGAGCACAGUUACCAAUGUUGCUGCUUCUGCAGCAGGGAAAAUAUCUGUACCAUCAGGUGCUAUUGCUGCUGCUUUCCAUAAUUCUCUGAACCAAAAUACUUUACCAGCUCCCUCUAAGGCCAAAUCCUUGGAACAUCUUUUGGUAUACUCACCAUCUGGUCAUGUCAUACAACAUGAACUCCUUCCAUCUUCAUUUGUGGAGUCUUGUGAUAACAGCUUGAAAGCUGUACCUGCUCCUCUUUUGCAACUUCAAGAUGAAGAAUUAUGUGUAAAUGCUGAGCCAGUUCAGUGGUGGGAUGUUUGCAGAAGAUCAAAUUGGUCUGAAAGAGAGGAAGAUGUUUCAAGAAUUAUCCCUAAUAACCAGAAAAAUAGUGAGACAGUCUUGGAUUCUGGAGAUUGUGAAGACAAUGGAACUUCAUAUUCUAUGACAACUGCCAAUAGUUUAUCUGGAAUGGAAUCAGUGAAAAGUGAAAGGUCCCACUGGUACCUUUCCAAUGCAGAAGUACAUAUUAGCGCAGGAAAGAUCCCAAUAUGGCAGAAAUCAGCGAUUUGUUUUUGUGUGUUGAAUCCAUCAAAGAGUAUUGAAGGUUUUGGUAAUGAUCUUACUGGUGGAGAAAUUGAGUUUGAAAAGUUACCUUUCGAUGAGGUGGAAAUAAAGCGGAAGGAUUUGCUUCCGGUUUUCGAGCAGUUUCACUGCUCCAAAUCAGGCUGGAAUGAUAGGGUUGUAGGUGGAUAUCAGACCUCAUCAUCAGGGUUUUUUCAAGCCAAAAAUGAGUUUGCCAGUGGUACCAUUAAUGGGUUGAGAACCACACAAGGUUUGUUUGAUAAAGGAGGGCCUUAUGGACCUGUUAGCUUGCAAUCAAUGACGAAGACUAUUUCGGAUGAAUCUGUUCAUGGUUUGUCUUCGAUCGUCAGCUACAACAUUGCUAGAACAUCAGAACUUGAUGCAUCGGCUACAAUGCCUAUAAAGUGCUCUGUGAAUGGCUGCAGUCCACUUCAUUCAGAAAACAACGGUAGUUAUCCUGCCAGUGAUGACUCGGUUAGUAAUGGUGUAUCGACAAGUAGCCUGUCGUGUAAUGGUAAAUUGGUUGUAGAUAAUCACUCUUUGAAUGGUAGCGAGAGCGGUAGAGUUCCAAAGGCCUGUACUACCGACGUCCACAUGGAACAAGAUGGAAUUUCUGAUUCGCACAAUUCAAUGGAGUUUGAGACAUGUUUCAACGAGGGCUAUUGUAAAGUAUCAGAACUCGAUGACUGCCGUGAGUUAACUGAAGCUGUUACAGAUGCAGACAGCAACAGCAGCCACUGCGAGAGAGAAAAGCCUGAUGAAGAUGGGGACAACGAUGACUUGAUGGGAUGUGUAUUUGCUUUUAGCGAAGGUUGAUGACACUUGAUGUGGAUGAAGUGCUUACUGUUGCAUUUGCUUCCUUCUAUGAUGCCGGAGAUGAUGGUGGUUUCAAAAUAGGAUGUUGUAAAAGUAAAUUUCUGUGCUGGACGGACGGCUGUUCGACGUAUGAACUGAAAGCUCUCAUCAUGGACCUCUAGAGUAACAGUUCUCUUUCUAUUUGAUUCUAAUUUGGCAGUAAAAAAAGUAAAAGUACUGUUUAUAUGAUUUAAUGCAACUGAUCGAGAGACCCAGAAUUCAGUUCAUGAAGUGGGGGGGAAAUGGUAGUUGGAAGUCUGCCUGUCGAGCCACCUUUCCAUCCACUAUUACUGUACAUUCUGUAUAUUUGGAUGUUUAAUUCAUGCAGUUGGACGUGCAUCCCUACAGAGAGGAGCCCUCCAUGUUUACAUGUACAUAACUCUUUGCUGCUGUUAACGAGUUGUAAGGGGACUCGCGGUGGUUUACUCUUCUCUUUUUCUUUUUCGUUCUUGAUAUAUGAUAUCAACUUUAAACUUGUAUUGUUUCAUGUGGAUCAUCCGGACUCUUACCUUAUUUGUGAGAAUAAACUGUAAUUUGUUUGUUCUGCA